AUGUGUUCCCUGCCCAUGGCCAGAUACUACAUAAUCAAAGACGCAGACCAGAAGGUUCUGUACAUAAGAGAUGGCCAGCUGCUGGUGGGAGAUCCUGAUGUAGACAAGUGCAGUGCGGAGAAGAUCUGCAUCCUUCCAAACAGAGGCCUGGACCGCACCAAGGUCCCCAUCUUCCUGGGGACCCAGGGCGGGAGCCGCUGCCUGGCAUGUGUGGAGACAGGAGCCGGGCCUUCUCUGCAGCUGGAGGAUGUGAACAUCGAGGACCUGUACAAGGCGGGUGAAGAGGCCACACGCUUCACCUUCUUCCAGAGCAGCCUGGGCUCUGCCUUCAGGCUCGAGGCUGCUGCCUGGCCUGGCUGGUUCGUCAGUGGCCCGGCCGAGCCCGAGCAGCCAGUGCAGCUCACCAAGGAGAGCGAGCCCUCGGCCCGCACCGAGUUCUACUUUGAGCAGAGUCGGUAG